GUUGAUUAGAGAUUUUUGGGUACCGUUUUGGGGCAAAGGAAUAAGUAAAGCUCAUGUAUAUUAAAGACUUUCUUAGUAAUUGAAUUGAAUUUUUGUUUUUUGUUAGGAACAAUUACAUCCAAUAGUAUUUGUGUUUGGUAUUGGGAAUCAUGGAUGAGAGAAUGAGGGCUGUUGCUGAAAGGGGAGACAUUGAUGCCCUGUAUGCACUAAUUCAGGAGAAUUCAUAUGUUUUAGAGGACAUUGAUAAAUUUCCUUUCAUUGACACUCCACUACAUAUAGCAGCCUUUAAAGGGCACAUUGAUUUUGCUAUGGAAAUGAUGAACUUAAAGCCAUCAUAUGCAAGGAAGCUAAACCCAGCUGGGCUAAGCCCCAUGCAUCUUGCCCUGUUAAAUUGCCAAAUUCAUAUGGUACGAUCAUUAUUAGAAUGUAAGAUGAUCUCCAAGAACAAAGUCAAUUUGAACGGCCAAUCAGCUUUGGAUAUGUUAUCCGGCCAAGUUAACAACAGCGAAACUGUAGACAUUCUUCGUCAAGCUGGAUGUCUAGAAGCUAAAAGCUUUCCUGAGCAAGCGCGUCAGAAAUUAGCAGAGUCAUUGAAAAAAAAAAUGUCUUGGUUACAGAAAUUACGAAGAACAAUGACGCGCCAGAAUAACAUGAUAUCUAGUGACAUGAGGAAUGCUAUGCUGGUAGUAGCUGUACUGAUCCUAACAGCUACCUACCAAACAUGUCUUACUCCACCUGGAGGUGUUUGGCAGGGUAACUUAGGUGACAACGAUUCUGGUGGCCCAAUGCGCAAUGGCUUAGAUUUCAGUCUCUCAAGUGGACCUGUCUUCCCAAACCUGUCUAACUCAACUGUACGUUGCAAUCCACAUGGACAUUCCACGCUACGUGGACGUUCCACUUCCUUACGUUAUGACUGCUUUCCUGAAAGCGAGCAACCUUCCGAUGCCACAAAUGCCACUGAAAGUAAGGUCGGGCUCUCAGUCAUGUCCACACCUAGUUUUAUAUACUUCUAUGUUAUAAACACUGCAACUUUCUUGAUUACAACAGCCGUAGUGUUUCUCCUACUUCCUGAUAACACAAUAAACCUGCGGCUUACCUUACCAGUCAUGUUAUUCAUUCUCUGCUACAUGGUGUCAAUGAUGUACCUAGCUCCAUUUCCAAUUCUAAAUUCCACUCAGCUUCAACCAUAUGCACCUAUUAUUAUGGCUACUGUGCUCUUCCUUAUCGUGUGUUUGCCUAAGUUUUUCAAUCUUAAUCUCCAAUCUUAAGGGGCUAGUUUAAAUGUUUCGGCUUAUUAAGAUUAAUGCAUGUUAAUUUUCUUUUUGGGUCAGCAUUAUGGAUGUUUUCUUGUAUAAGAACUUUGAUCAUCAAAAGGAAAGUUAUCGCGCGCUUGUAUUUGUAUUUUGCUUAAUGCUAGAUAUUUUCUUAAUAUGCUACUUUUCAUGUUGAGUACUUUUUAUUUCCUUAAUCAUGAACAGACCGUGAUGUUCCCAUUUCAAUGAUACAUUGAGAACUGUCAUGCCCUCAAUAAAAUAAGAGAAAUCAA